AUGGUUACAGCGGGAUGGGGCGCGGUCUUUGGUCGUGGCCUGACUGGCACCAUUGGAGUUGCCAGCUUGGACGACCUGGAGACUGAGGCCGCGCGCAUGCAGGCACAUGAAGCGUACACUUCAGCAUUCAGGAAAUGCCAGGCGGUAACCAACGUCGACGUGUUCGUCAGCCACAACUGGGGAGCGCGGCGAUGGGUGAAGUUUUUGGCGGUUUGCUACUUUUUAAACCUGAGCAUGGCGAUUAAGUGCACUUUGGCUUCUGCACUCUUUUGCGCAACUUGCAAAGUACUGAAAGCGGGCUCCUUAGCUGGCUUGGGUGGUGACCCAUGGAUCAUGCCGUUCGUUGUCUACUUGCCCAUGUCCAUCUUUUUCAUUAUGUUCUUCUUCGGUCAGACGAUCACACGCGGCCGCUGGUCUCCGAGUCUGUGGAUCGACAAGCUCUGCGUUCUGCAGACGGACGAGUCCAUGAAGGCCAAGGCCGUCUCUGCCUUCCCGGUAUUUCUCGCUCGCUCCAGCCAGAUGCUCGUCCUGUGGGACGACGACUACUUUGACCGCAUGUGGUGCAACUUAGAGUUGGCGACCUUCACGAGGUUUUCUUCUCAAUGCACACAGAAGAUCCAUUUCGUGCCGAUGUGGCUUGCACCCUGGUUGCUGGCUUUCAUCCUCAUGGACUUGCUCAGUGUCUCUAUGCUUAGAUUUAUCUCCAAUGUGAUCUCGGAGCCUGCAGUUUUCUCGAUGAUGAUGGCCAGCUGCAACUACUUCCAGGCGGAUGUCCUUGGAAUUGACUCGCGUGACUUGAAUUUGCUUCUGGUCUACGUGGCGACCUGUGUGGCGGGCUGCACUCCUUACUAUAUCACAGCUGUCCCCUCUGUACUUGCCUUCUUGAACAAGAUGAGGAAGCAUCACAGCAUGUUACGGCAGAUUGUUCGUUUCGACGUGCGUGCCGCCAAGUGCGCCUUGGAAUCGGAUCGCCAGCUGGUUGAGAAGCGGAUCGGGGAGCUCCUGGGAUCUCGGAUCGGUUCAAGCUGCAAUGGCAACACGCUGGACAAUCGACAGAAUCUACACAACCUAAGCAAUCUCUACUCUCCCGCUUCAGGGCUUUGCUCUGGGGGCUUGAGGACUACCCUGAUGAUGGCACAGAAUCUGGACCCACUCGAUUGCUUCAACGCCUAUGUGAGGGGCCCUCUCAUGGAGGCCGUUCUCGAGAAGGUAGGCGAUAGCACGCAUGUACCCUACCGAUUGUGCCUGGUGGCAUCUUUGCCGAUGACCCUUUUCUCGGUGGUGGAUCUUCUGAGCUGCAGUAACGAACGAUGCCAGCUAAGCGCGGGCGAGGUAAACCUGUCUCUUGAAGGAUACAUGGGAAGUCUCGCAAGCUUUUGGCUUCUAAACGACUUGAUGAUCUACCCUAUUGCCCAGCCCCUCCUGUUCCGCAUGUUGAGCCUCAUCUGCUCUGCCAUUCAGCACUCUGCUGCCCGGAUCCUGCUCGGAUUGCUUGGUGCCGUGGUCCUGUACACCUACAUCUUCGUGUGCAGCGCGUUGCUUCUCUCCUUGAUGAUCAUCUCUUUGCGGACGCUGCGAAGCGAGUGGCUGGCUGCGCUGCUGCUCUUGAUCUCAGUCUUGGCAGGACAGAUGUGGGUUGCCUUCCGAGUGUCACCAGCACGUGCAGGGUCCCGCAAGAUGGUCUCCGAGAUCUCGUGA